AUGGAGCGUUUCACGCAUCGGAGGAGCGGAGCUCUCUGUACUCCCUAUGCUCAUACAAUCCUGGCAGCUAAGCUCAUCUUCAACAGCCUCUGUUUACAGGCAGUAAUUCAUAACACCAUGGAGAACACACACGCUCUCCUCCUAGCUGGUGCUGUUUGCUUUCUCUGUCAAGCUUCGGCAGGUCUAGAGGACCAGGCAUGUGAGGAGAAAAAGCGCUUUUACACCUCCCAUUCUUCAAUCUGGAAUGAUUACAAGCUUCGGUGGAAUCCAGCAGACUAUGGAGGUGCAGAAUUCAUCCGAGUGCCAUCUGGCCAGAUCUGGAAGCCAGAUAUUGUUUUAUAUAACAAUGCAGUGGGCGAUUUCCAGGUUGAUGACAAGACAAAGGCCCUAUUAAAAUACACGGGUGAUGUGACCUGGAUACCUCCGGCGAUCUUUAAAAGCUCAUGUAAAAUAGAUGUAACCUACUUCCCAUUUGACUAUCAGAACUGCACCAUGAAGUUUGGUUCCUGGUCUUAUGAUAAAGCCAAAAUUGAUUUAGUUUUAAUUGGCUCUACAAUGAACCUGAAAGACUACUGGGAGAGCGGAGAAUGGGCUAUUAUUAAAGCUCCUGGGUAUAAACAUGACAUCAAAUACAACUGCUGUGAUGAGAUAUAUCCAGACAUCACAUACUCUCUUUACAUUAGACGUUUACCUUUAUUUUACACUAUCAAUAUGAUUAUUCCAUGUCUGCUGAUUUCUUUUCUGACUGUAUUAGUUUUCUAUUUGCCUUCAGACUGUGGUGAGAAGGUGACACUCUGCAUAUCAGUCCUUCUGUCUUUAACAGUGUUCCUUCUUGUUAUCACAGAAACAAUACCGUCUACUUCCCUGGUAAUUCCCCUUAUUGGGGAAUACCUCCUUUUCACCAUGAUAUUUGUGACUCUAUCGAUUGUCAUUACGGUAUUUGUACUUAACGUGCACUACAGAACACCCAAGACACACACAAUGCCUGUGUGGGUGAGAACCAUUUUCUUGAACUUACUUCCCAGGAUCAUGUUUAUGACAAGGCCUGCCAGUGAUGAAGAGAAUCAUCAGAAGCCAAAACCACUUUUCACUUCUGAGGUUUCAAACUUAAAUUGCUUCAACAGUUCUGAAACCAAAUGCUGCAAAGAUGGCUUUGUAUGUCAAGAUAUAGCAUGCAGCUGUUGUCAGUAUCAACGAAUGAAGUUCUCGGAUUUCAGUGGCAAUCUCACAAGAAGUUCAAGCUCUGAGUCUGUAGACCCUCUGUUUUCAUUUUCAGUUCUGUCACCAGAAAUGAGAGAUGCUAUUGAAAGUGUUAAAUACAUUGCAGAAAAUAUGAAAAUGCAGAAUGAAGCAAAAGAGAUUCAGGAUGACUGGAAAUACGUUGCCAUGGUAAUCGAUCGUAUUUUUCUAUGGGUUUUCAUCCUGGUAUGUAUUCUAGGAACAGCCGGAUUGUUUUUACAACCUCUGAUGGCUGGAGAUGAAAUGUAA